UCGCACUUGUUCCUCAAAUUGCUGAUUAUUUAAGAUAUAAAUAGAUCAAGACAUUCAUCAUCAUAGAGUCUAAUGUAUAUGUUUACCAUUUUUAGAGAAAGCGUGAAUGCAUCCAUGCCUUGUCAAUUGCAAUUCUCCAUUAUUCACAAACACCAAAUGUUAUGUGUUCACACCAACCUGGGUGAAACAUACUGCGUCUUUAUAAAUAAUUUAAAAUAGAAAUGAGCAGAUAACAAAAGGAAAUUCCUAAUGUGGUCAAAUGACAAUAUUAAUGAGCUGGAAGCAUAGUAAACAUUAGCUGGAACCUGCAGUACAGAACUGAGACCUGUGUUCUAUGUAGUUUAUUUAAACAAGAUUAUAUAAUAUGGUAGUAAAACACUUUGUAGAAUUAACCAAAGGGAUACAUGUUACUUUAUAUUCUGCUAUAAGAAGUUUUUAAGUAGUUACAGAAAAACUGGCUAAUAAUUCGUCCUGAUAUCUUUCAGUUUGCUAUUACCCAUGUCCUCUGGAAUGCAUCCAGCUUUGAAUUUUGCCAGAAGUGGUUUUACCAGAUAUGCAUCCCAGGGGAUGACUGUAUAAUUACCAUGCAGCACACAUUUUAGUAGAAUGUAAAAGUGAUAGCAAGAUGUUUGUGUAUAUGCCUUUUUAGGUGUGUCAAGCUUCUUCCUUCAUGCCUGUGUUCCCUGGCUCAUGUCCAAGACCAAGAGGAUUGGUGAGAAUGUAGCGUGGAGGAAAGAGCCAGUAUUUGCUGGCUCUUCCUUUCUGGCUCAUCUCAAAAUUCUUGCACUCCCAGAGUCCUAAUCAUUUAAUGAUUGUUCAGAGUUUUCUAGGAUAUUGCCACAUGUCCAUAUGAAAUAUAUCUGUAUGAAUAAUCAUCUACACAGUGAAUAUAUUAAACUUUCCAUAAAACCUACGUUCUUCUUUUUCCCUCAGUCACUCCAGAUUUUCUAAAAUUAUAUUCUGGCUUCGUUCUGUUUCUGUUCUACAGUUGAUCAGCCAUUAUGUUAAAACCUUUAAGCAAACAAAACAAAAGAAAAAAUCCUGUUGCUGUUUACCAGGUUAAGUUUUAUUUAGAAAAGUAAGACAAAGAGGUUUUCUUUAGCUUUCACUUGCUGUAAUUUCUGGUCAGUUGUGCCAGUCUUACUUUCACAGUUUGUGUGGGGAAAAUACUGAGGAAAACAUGUUAAAUAUGCCUUGCAAGAAUUGUCAAUAAAUAUAAUUCAGAAACACGAUAUAUAGAACUUCUCUGUCUAGGGGAGUUUUGCAGUAAAGAAAUCUGUAACAGGCUUCAAGAAGGCAGUUUUUUGGGAUUGCCUUAGGUUCUAAGGAUCUGAUGAAAUCAUUCGUAGCCACUUUUUCCUGUAGGUAUUAUAAAAGAUUACAUCAAGAGCAGGGUAACUAAACUAAUUGCAAAGCAGCAAAAGAUUCACUCUUAAAAAAAAUCCAAGGAAAUAAAGGGUCUUCCUGUGGUAGAACAAGAGUACCUUUCUUUCCAGCCAAACACUGCUCCCAGCAUCCUGUUAUCUACGGACUUGCUGCUCUGCAACGGCAGACCUUCCGAAGAGAAUCCUUCAUCUCCUUUGUCUAAUUGCUAUAAAUUGCUCUGGCAUCCUGCCUAAAGUUGCUUGUCCAAAAAAAGUUUGCAAGCCAUAUUGAUCCCAGAGUUGUGUGAACAGCUGUUUCAUACAGAUGCCCUGCCAUGGAGGACAUUCGGUCUGUUAAAAUCAGUCAUCCUAAAAUGAAAAUAUAUCUAAAGUGAAGGACUAAAUUGAAGAUGAACCGCAAAACUAAAGUGAGAGUGACAUUAAGUCCAAAGUGCAUGUUGAACAGCUCCUACUAACCAGGCUUCUUGUGUUGUGCUAUGUGUGUGUUUGGAAGUGGUGGCGCUUAGAAAUAAGUUGGAUUUUUUUUUUUUUCCUGGCCAACCUGGGCAAUAGAGUUUAAAGGGAGUAACUGAAAUCCAGUCUUAGGCAGAUAUGUACUAUUGCUAUUGUGUAUUCUGUAGAACCCAGAUACUGAAUAGAAUUGCCCUGGACUGUACCCUGAAGAAGCUCACAGUGUAUAGAUAGCUUUACACUGGUGAGCAGUUACUCAGCUGAUUAGUCCUAUUGACAUCAGUACACAUUACAUUUCAAUUGUAUGUAGAUAUCUAGUUGACUUAUGUUAAUAUUGCUGAAGUUCUAAUUUAAAAACAAAACAAGGGGCUUGUCUUCACUGCAUUGUUAUCUUGAAGAAUAACUUGAAUGUUGUCCCUUACCUGCCUCAGGUCUGCACACAAACCUCUCUAGGUAAAGUAAGUGGUGCAUUAAGCCUGAGGUAGAUGCCGGUGGCUUGUUGGGAUGGAUGGGUUGAAGCUUGAGUGCAGGUGAAGUUUGCAUAGUAAUGCAAUCAGGACUUUGCUUACAGUCCAGUCCAUUCAAGUAUCAUGAGGUCUACCCCCAUGCCUUCCUGAAACUUCCACCCAGGUUAAUUGUUGUCUGGUCCCCCUCGUAUCUUGAUUGGACAUUAUCUACCGUGUAUUAAUACUCAGUUUGAUACUUUGGACCCUGUCUUCCAUGUGGCCCUUUGCACCUGUAGCAUUUGUUCUAGCUCAGCUAUUAAAACCCUGAAGACACUGUACUGCUGGGAAAUGACUAAGUGAAACCCUGGCAAGCUCACUUGACUACAGUUUGACUGGGUGAUCGCCAGCAUGCAGCUCUGUACCUAGGCAGCUCAAAGGCCUCUUGAGAAGUUCAUGAGUGAUUGAUCAUGGAGGAUCCUGAGGAGGACCCAGAACUGGGCCUGUUUCUGGACGUGGAGUUCUCGCGUGAGGCAGAACCAAUGCUAGGGGCCACAGUCACUCCAUCCUUGACCAAGACUCUGGGGAGAAGAUGCAGAAAGCAGCAGCUGAAACAGCAUUACUUCAGCCGGCUCAUUUGCAUAAGUGCAGUCCAGCCACCCUCCCAGAAGGCCAAUGACUAUCAGCACCAGAGUCUAGAAGCAGAAGGUAGAGAACACAGGAGGACCUUUUGAGGGACUUGGGCAGAAGGUCUGACCUGCUCUUUGAGCUUCAAAGGGAGAUGCUGGAGGAGGAACAGCAAUUCCAGAUUGCAGCUAAGAUGAUGUUGGAGAGGGAGAAAUGCAUGGUGGCAGAGUCAGAUACGAUGCAGGCAGCCAAAGUGUGAGCUUUCUUACACUGGCCCAUUGCUGACCUGAGCUCUGAUUUGGAGGGACCACCUUCUAUAAGGGUUCGCUUCUCAUAUAUGCGAAUGAAGUAUCUCUUCAUCUCUUGGUUAGCAGUAUUUAUUGGCAGUUGGAUUAUAUAUGUUCAGUACUCCACUUACACAGAGCUAUGCAGAGGUCAUGACUGUAAGAAAAUAAUAUGUGAUAAAUAUAAGACUGGAGUUAUUGAUGGAUCAGUCUGUAGUAGUCUUUGCGCUAAAGAAACUCUGUAUUUUGGAAAAUGUUUGUCAACGAAACCCAAUAACCAGAUGUAUUUAGGAAUCUGGGGUAAUCUACAAGGUGUUAUAAAAUGCCAGAUGGAAGAAAUUAUUCAUCUUGAUCUUGGAACUGAACCAGAACCAAGAAAAGAAAUAGUUCUAUUUGAUAAACCAACUAGAGGAACUACUGUUCAGAAAUUCAAAGAAAUGGUAUAUGGUCUUUUAAAAAGAAAGGUGGGUGAACAGGGAAAUCUUUCUGAACUGGUUAAUCUCAUCCUGUCAGUUGCUGAUGGAAACAAAGAUGGUCGAGUUUCCUUACCAGAAGCAAAGUCGGCAUGGGCUCUUCUGCAGCUAAAUGAGUUUCUACUUAUGGUGAUCCUCCAGGAUAAAGAACACACCCCAAAAUUGAUGGGGUUUUGUGGCGAUCUCUAUGUGAUGGAAAGAGUUGAAUAUACCUCUCUCUAUGGAAUAAGCCUUCCAUGGAUCUUAGAACUUUUCAUUCCCUCUAGUUUCAGAAGAAGCAUGGACCAGUGGUUUACUCCAUCAUGGCCUAGAAAGGCAAAAAUUGCUAUAGGGCUUUUAGAAUUUGUGGAAGACAUUUUUCAUGGACCUUAUGGGAAUUUUCUUAUGUGUGAUACCAGUGCCAAAAACUUGGGUUAUAAUGAUAAAUAUGACUUGAAAAUGGUGGACAUGAGAAAAAUUGUGCCAGAAAUUAAUUUGAAGGAAUUAAUUAAAGAUCGUCACUGUGAGUCUGACUUGGACUGUGUUUAUGGUACAGACUGUAGAACUCUAUGCGACCAAAGUAAAAUGAAAUGUACCACAGAAAUAAUUCAGCCCAACUUGGCAAAAGUAUGCCAGUUACUAAAAGACUAUCUGCUUUGCGGUGCUCCAUCAGAAAUACGUGAAGAGUUAGAGAAACAACUGUAUUCUUGUAUUGCCCUUAAAGUCACAGCAAACCAGAUGGAAAUGGAACAUUCUUUAAUACUAAACAACUUAAAAACUUUAUUGUGGAAGAAAAUAUCCCAUACAAAUGAUUCUUAGUAUCUUUAACCACAGAAGAAAACAUUGUUGCCACUAUAGGAGAUUUACCACUUUUUAUCAAAAGCAUCUUUGGCAUUUUUAAAAUAUUUCUUCUUAGCUCAGAAUUCAUUAACUUUCCUAACUCUUACUCCAGCAAACACUAGUAUUACAGUGCUUCUCAGAGAGAGAAUGUGCCACUUAAUGAAUUGUCUAGCAGAAGUUACAAGAGCCUUGUGGUUAGAAUGCUCUAUCAUGGAAAUAAAAAACCAUGUGCUUGCCCUCUCCUUGCACUUUGGCAGAAGACCCUAAAUUGGGGUCUCCUGCUGUCAAUAUUCACUGUGCUACCAUAUUGACUAAUUUUAACUUUUUUUUUAAUGCUGUGACUAGCAUCAUUCAUUUGUAAAUAUCCACUGAGAAUUAUUUUUUUCCAAGUAGUGUUACAAAUGCUAGCCAAAAGACCCACCACUAUUAGAAAUAAUGUGCUUGAGUCCAAGAGACUCUUUUGAAUGAAGUGAACAUUUUGAGGAUGAAGUUUACUAAUAACUUAGCAUGGCAGAAUUUGCACAAUGGAAAAUUUUUAAAUUGCUAAACUCAGUGUGACAAUUAAAAUUUAUUCCAGAAAACGGCGUAUUUUAGUAUGAGAGAUUUUUAGUUAGAUUUUGUUUGUAUACACUUUUUUACCUCAUACUUACAUAUAUUUUGAAUGUUACUACAUUAGCUGAAAGUUCUUAAUUAAACGUCCUAGUACAACAUGCCAUGUUGGAAGCUAAGAUUUUAAAAUAUGUAUUAUAUAUUUAAAAAGUCGCAUAUACUAGAGCAACAAUAUACCAUUACACAAUGGGGAAAUAGAGAAGCUACGAAGCCUGAGUCUUAAAAUGUCAGUAAGAUAUAAGGAAAGUUAAGCAGUAGCCAGUUUUGAAGCCAGGGAUUUUGUGGACUAGGUGAUUCUAAAAAGGUCAGGAGUUAAAGAACUUUAAUAGUUUUGGUAGCUGCAGUGUGGUAGCCUUUAUAAUGGAGAUCCUCAUAGUAAAGGUUUAGAGUCCUUAGUUUGACUUAAGUAUCUAAAACUACAUUUCUAACACUGAUCUAGUCUAAAAGUUUGAUUUUGUAGCUAAGGCUGUGUGGCAAGAUCAGCCUUGCAUUUACUCUUUCCUGGUUUACUUUAAGAAAUGUCUAAAUUAGAGCUAGGCCUAAGCCACAGGAUCGAAUCUAGAGCCUGAUCUGGAUUUCCCUAAACUUUGGAGGUGUUCAUAUAUGGAGUUUUUUGUUUCUAUUUGGGCCCAUCUUUACCCUAAGCAUUAAAUCAAUAAUUAGUUUAUUAUUGGAAAUAUUCUCCUUAGCAUGUUCUUGUUUAAAUUUUUACAGGGUGCUAGGUUUAUUCUCUGCACCUCUGAAGCAAUGAGUGAAUACUAGACUUGGAUCAUGAGGGAAAUAACUUGAAAUCUCAUCUUAACUCCCAUUUGUCCACAUUCCACACAGUUUGACUUUGCUCAGGAGUGGCUCGAGUCACAAAUGAGACUUUGCAAAUCUGUGUGUGUGUGUAAAGCACUUGUGAACACUGCUUGGUAUUCAUCCAUUACUAACCCUUUGUACGCACUUAAUUCACUUCUACCUUUUGUUCAAGGGAGAUGAGGAAAAAACCUUUUAUUUAAAAAGUGUUAUUUAAAGUGUGAAUUCUUUUUACUGCUUUGCAGGUCUUUUGUGUUAAACACGCUUCUUAAAUUAUUAUUAGUAUCUGGAUUCAACAAAAUUCUUGUUCACGAAGGCAUAUAACAAACAUACUUAGAGAAGGUAAAAUCAUCCAUUGUCCUUCCGUGUAUGCUGUCCGAAGUAUUAAUUCUCUUGUUGUAGGUGUAAUUUUGCUUUUUUGUAAAUAUUCAGUUGUUUGACUCUUGCACAGUAUCUACCAUUCUGCUGUCUCCUUAAAAUUGACUGAUCUGCCUUCCAAGAGGAGGCGUUAAUAUAUCUGCAACUAAUAAAGAAACCAAACAUUAAGUAUAUCAUUUUCUUACCAGAUAAUCUGAAUGUGAAUCCUAUUACGGCUAUUAUGCAUUGAAACUAUUGAACGAAAUAGUGUGGAUAUUUUAAAUGUUUUUUGGAUAACUGGAAACUUGUCGACAAUGCAAUUUAUUGUACAUUUUGAUUGUUACUGCACCAGGAGCUUUCAUUUAGAGUUUUGUUUACAAUAAAUCAAAGGAAUCCUU